CCAGUGGCCAGUAUUGAAUUUCUAAUUUCUAGCUUUCCCAUGAGCACACUUGUGCAAACCUCUGUUACAUUCUCGACCUUUAAGUCCGUCUCCACUUAUGAAGACUUAUACAAGAAGCGAACUCUCUCUUUCUCCGUUAUAGUAACAAGGCUUGCUUCUAUUCAUGACUUUGGUUUCAGUUCAACAGGGUUCGGGGAGAGAUGGCGCUUCCUGGGAGAAGCGAGAAGAUUCACGAACAAGGUUUUAUUGGAAGAGAGGAUAUGCAAGGGAAAGAAGAAGAAGAGCAAGAGGAUGGUGUUGGCGAAGAGUAAUCAAGGUUUUGGCUUCAACGAUGGUGGUGGUGGUGGAGAUAAUGGGACUACAUCAAGGCUUUUGGCCAAUCUCGCUUUAGCUAUUGGCUUGACUUAUCUUUCCAUGACAGGACAGCUUGGCUGGAUAUUGGAUGCUAUUGUCUCCGUUUGGAUCUUUGCAGUGCUAAUACCAAUAGUAGGCAUUGGUGCUUUCCUCUGGUGGGCAGGACGAGAUAUAAUGCAAGGCACUUGCCCUAGUUGUGGAAAUCAAUUUCAGGUUUUCAAAUCCACUCUAAAUGAUGAGUUGCAGCUGUGUCCUUUCUGUGGUCAACCUUUUCUGUUGUUGGCAACGAGUUUGUGAAGGACUCUGCGAAGUUUUCAAACCAAUCCACGACAUUUGGACAAGCGUUCAAUGACUUCUCUCGUUCUAAAAAUGGAAAGGAUUCAGGUGGAGUGAUUGAUAUUGAAGCAGAGAUAAAAGAUGCAGACUGACUUUAAUUGAGGAAGGUGCAUGUAAUGGAGAUUUUUGAAAUUUAUGCUCUGAAAGGCGGUAGGCAUCAUAUUCAGCAAAAUGGUGUACAUAUUUUAGAAGAGAAUGGAAUGCUGAGUAGGCAUGCAAUUGUUAGUUGUUACAGAAGUUUUUCGCCGUGAUGAUUCUCAUGUCAGGCCUCUGUAUAUUAUUUUGCUUAGUGAUUCUUUACUAUGUAGUUCAUGAAGGGAAUGGGAAUUUGUAUCAAAUUGGUUAUCGCUGCUGAGUUCAUUAUAAGCUCGUGAGAAUUCUCUGCUGAGUUCUAUGAAAUUUACCUCUGUUUCUGUGGAUA